UCUGAGCCUCAGAGGGCUCGCGCACACCAAAGGAGUAACAGCACGCGGCAGCAGCCCAGCGAGAAGAAAAAAGCGGUUCUAAGGCUCUCCGUUCUGCAGCCCUCUGCUUUCUGCCCGCCUUCACGGUCAAGCUCCGAGGCCCGAAAAAAGACCCCCACCUGGCUGGCAGUUGUUAUAAGCUAUUCACGGCGCGAGUAUUAUGGAGGACCAGCUGCUGUGCUGCGAGGUGGACUCCAUCAGGAGAGCCUACCAGGACGUCAACCUGCUCAACGACCGUGUGCUGCACACAAUGCUGAAGGCGGAGGAGAACUACCUGCCGUCGCCCAACUACUUCAAGUGCGUUCAGAGAGAAAUUGUGCCCAAAAUGAGGAAAAUACUAGCCACCUGGAUGCUAGAGGUCUGCGAAGAACAGAAAUGCGAAGAAGAGGUUUUCCCGCUGGCUAUGAACUAUUUGGACAGAUUUUUAUCCGUGGAGGCGACGCGGAAAACGCGACUGCAGCUGCUCGGAGCUACGUGCAUGUUUCUGGCAUCCAAGAUGAAGGAGACCGUACCCCUAACGGCGGAAAAGCUCUGCAUCUACACGGACAACUCGGUCCAGCCCGGAGAACUGCUGCAAAUGGAGCUUCUGGUCCUCAACAAGCUGAAGUGGGACCUGGCCUCGGUCACCCCUCACGAUUUCAUCGAACACUUCCUGUCCAAACUGAAGAUCUGCCCCUCCACCAAGCAGAUCCUCCGCAAGCACGCUCAGACCUUCGUGGCCCUCUGCGCUACAGAUGUCAACUUCAUAGCCAGUCCUCCAUCGAUGGUGGCAGCAGGCAGUGUGGUGGCAGCCGUUCAGGGGCUCUACCUGAAGAGCCAAGACGUCUCCCUGUCCUCUCAGAACCUCACCAACUUCCUGUCGCAAGUCAUCCGCAGCGACCCGGACUGCCUGCGGUCGUGUCAGGAGCAGAUCGAGUCCCUGCUGGAGUCCAGCCUGCGGCAGGCCCAGCAGCACGGCGGCCCGGCGGAGAGCAAGCGCGUGGACGAGGAGGUGGACCUCUCCUGCACGCCCACGGACGUCAGAGACAUCAACAUCUGAAGCGCCCCGGCACGGCCCGCCGACCGACCGUCAAGAGGAAAGGUGUGAUCAGAGGGCCGGGGUCGGGAGGGGGCUGCCUCGGCCGAACGCGCCCCCCCCUCCCUCCCUCCCCCUGGUCAUUUCGGGCUGCUAUUUGGCCGAUAUGUCGCUCACAUACCUGCCGUCCACUUUGGCCGAAGUGACAUUCCCUGCCAGUGCCCCCCAAACCUCCCCACCCCCAUCCCCCUUCGGGAUAAGAACUGAACACUAUGGAAAUGUACCAGAGAGAACAGACAAUGAAUCCUGUCGAUGGGUGUGGGCUGGAGUUAACGCCACACACAGAUAUGAAUAUAAAUGUUCUCCUUUUACUCUCACAUAUUAAACUAGGAAUCUUUAAAUUGCAGCAGACCUAACUUGCCUACUGAAACAUCCCCAAGUCUCACUCACAGUAGGUUGGCUGUGGUCUGCGUCCAGCUCUUCAGCCGAGCGCCGACCCUCAUAUGUUUUGUUUCCAUCUCCUUUGUAUUAUACUCUGAACGAUGUCCCGACUUCCCAUGUUUGUCCUGUAGUGCAGACAUUCAUUUAUCCCCCGCUUGCUUAUGUUUAGUCACUUUAUCGUGUCAUUUUAGUCAUCAUUUAGUCUUAUUCUUCUUCUACUCCAAGCGUUUAGGGGUUUCCUUUUUUUUAAUUAAAGCCAGUGUAGUGGGUGAUGCUCUGUUUUUAAGACCCUUGACACUACGGGCUGCUAAUGUGGACUCAUGGAAGUCUUGUUCAUUACUUGACGACAUUCAUUCUGAACAAUGUCACCCACAACGAUUCCCGCUUUGAGGAUCAGUCCACAGUUUUGCUGGGUUUUUUUCUUUCUCCGGGUAGUUAGACCUAAAAAAAAAAAAAAAAACAUUCCGAUGUCGUUUUUCUGGAGAAAAAAGAAAAAGAAAAGUUAAAAAAGAAGCACUUUUAGUCAGCGACGCUGGCUCCGCAAAAAAAAAAUGUCACAGUGAUGAGGUCGGUAGAGUAAUCUGAAUGUGGUGCUGGUGGGGAUGCGGCGUCGCGGAUGUGGCCGCACCCCGGAUCGGGUCUAGCCGAGCGGACUGAGUGCUGCUGGUCUCCCUUCAGCAGUGUUUUAUACCGGCAGAGCUGCUCGGACAUCUUCACAGAUACCUGACGUUUUAUAGUCCAGCCUCAGCAUGCGUAGCCAAAGGCUAAAGGUGAAAAAAAGGAUGUAUGGUUUCUAGAGUUGAGAUAAGGCUUUAUUUUUUAUAAAGUAAAACAUAUUAUUUAUUUUUAUAGCUGGCAUCUGAUCACCGGACUCAAAAAAAAAACAAUGAGCUUCUCACUUCCAGAUCAGCCCUGCGGCUUAGAAAAAGGUUGUAAAAAACUUCAGCCAGGACAGCGUCUGCCCCCGACACCCGACCUCAGUCUGGACACUUGGAAAACGGAUGACACGUCGAAAAAAAGAGGCUAUCGACGUGAUUUUUGCACAGACCUUAAUAAAAAAAAGACGUGGGCUUCAUUUUUUUGAGGGGGGGACUAGCCUAAAAAGAGCUGAGGGGUGAAAAAGAGGCAAGAAAAGGGUGAAGGCUCACUGGUCAGGUGUGUCCUGUAGCUGUAGAGCUCCAGACAGGGCUCCCACACAGGGUGCCCCCCCCCC